AUGGGGGCGGACGCGCUGGAUCAAGCUACAGCCAAGGGAAUCAGUGAAAUCGUGAAGCUAUGUAUUCAAUUUUUUCCGGAACUUUUUCGGAUUUCGCCUUCUUGUAAGAGUUUGAUGACUCGUGCGAUCGAGUAUCGCCAAGAAAGGAUUCUCAGACUCUUUUUCAAGUUAAGCUCGACCACUGAGUUGUCAUUAUUCCUGGGGCCUACACGACGAGAUUCAUCAGAUAUGAUGGCUGCAGCAGCAUCGUACCCUAGUUUUGAUGCUAUGACUAACGUGGCCGGAGCAGCUUUUCAAAUGCAAAGAGAAAUCCAAUGGUACGAGGCUGUGCAAAGCUGGGUUACGCCUAGGAUGAGAACUGCCUACUUCUGGGAUAACACUGAGGGGAGGACGAAAACAUAUUGGACUAAAUUCAUGGAGAACCACAAAAACUUGCUUGAGAAUGGAGGGAAAUGGGUAAAGGACAUAGCAAAUUCAUGUAUGCUCGUCUCAACUCUAAUUGUCAAAGUAUUGUUCACUGCUGCAUUCACUAUACCUGGAGGCAAUGACAGCAAUACUGGAGUACCCUUGUUGUUAGGACAAGACUCUCUCUUGGUUUUCGCAAUUUCGGAUUCGUUAGGUUUGGUCUCCUUUGUGACGGCUAUCUUGCUAUUUCUAGCCAUCUUAACUUCGCAGUAUGAGACACAAGAUUUUCUCUACUCUUUGCCUAAGAAGAUCAUUAUGGGCCAUGUUUUUCUCUUCCUCUCCUUGGCUUUCAUGCUGGUGGCCUUCGAGGCAACUCUCACAAUUUUGCUGGAUAAGAGACUAGGGUGGAUUCUCAUUCCCAUAAUUUUGCUGACCCCUAUCCCCGUGGCUUUAUUCUUAGUACUACAACUUCCCUUGCUAUAUCAAAUGAUUAUAUCCACUUAUGGAAGGAGCAUCCUUCGUCCCGAGAGAAUUUGGUAG